UGCCCCUGUCCUGGGACAAGGGCAAACUACCCUCCCUCCGCCUAUGCAGAUAUAUGGCCAAGUUUGGAUAACUAAACACCCAUGUAUGUGCACAACAGCUCACGACAGCUCACGAUGUUGCUUUAUAAUAAACAAUGUUGUUUCAUAGUACAGCGGCGUCAUUUGGGUUUGAGUUCUCGGCGUUGUUUUAUUCUACUAAACAACAUCGUUUCUAAUUCCACAUCGGUGUUGGUCACGCACCCAUUCAAUUUUGGCCGAAUCCUCUUCUUCUUCGGUAAGGAAUAGAGAGCACUCUUUUUCCAAUCCCAACACCAAUAUUGCAAAGCCGAACCAUGGUUCACGAAUUCACGAUAUUGUUUUCUACUAAACAAUGUCGUUUCAAGUACCGCAACGUUGUUGGAUCUUACUCGCUGUGUCGUUUAAUCUUUCUAUGACUUUGCUUGUUUCUCAAAAAUGUCGUUUUUUAUCAUGCGGCAUCGAAUUAAAUGCCGAGACUCAUUAUUACGGCAUUGAAUAUAGGUCAAAAAUAUUUUAGGUGUAAACACAGAGUAGUCAACCUCGGCAACGGGCUUCCUUCCUCGCAAAUGAUGCUCUGCCCUCCAGCCGCGAAGAUUUUGUCCUCGCAGCUGCCAAUCAAUCGUUCCUCGAGGAGAAAGCUUCAAUUUAGCAUCAUUUUGGUGCUCGGAUUUAUUUGUCCGAUCAGCCCUAGUGCUCCCAUCUGGUUCUGAUUCACUCCCCCAUAGUGACUGGCGUGCGCAGAAGGUUACAAAGAACCGCACCGCCAUUUUUGCCGACGGCAUAUACUCCCUGGGAUGGCCAAAUCUGCUACUGAUUUUGUUGCGGAUCGCUCCUCCAACCUUUUGAUUUGGCCUAGGGAUUAGCGGCUACGUCGUUGCUGUUCCUUCUUCUUGACCUUUUCUUUAAAUUAUUAUUUUGCUUUUCAAAUUCUGAUGUCAUGCUCACUCUAAGUAUCCUCCUCCUCGCUCGACUGCUGGUGAUGCUACAACUGGUCUCCAGUUCUCCCAUCCCGCCGUGGUCGCCGAUUCAGUCGUCUUCUUCUCCGGCAAUAAUAAGAAACCUGCGGAGCUCUGUUGCUGAUGAUUGUGUGGUACCGCUCGCUUUUGGCCUGCCGCCUCUUUUGCCAAUUUGGGGCUUCUAUGUCGUUUCUCCGUCCAGUAUGCAGUCGGCGGGGCGACGGAGCGAUGGCGCCAGCAUCGACGUCGUGGUUGUGCGAUGGGGUCAGUUCGGCAGUGCCGGCUGCCGCUUGCCUGCCCGCUGCCCGGUGAUAUAUUUCUUUUUUUUUGUGUGAUCCCGGUGAUAUAUUUCUUUUAUUAUAUUUUAUUAAUUUGUUUCUCUUGUGCUUAUCUUGUUUGACAAAGUGCAGUGGUGCUGUCAGAUGUCUGGGACUCUUAGUGUGCGCGGCAUCAGCAUGGCAUGCACAGGGGCACAGCCAGCUAUUCAAUUAGAAGUGUUAUAAACGCGCUGCUACGGAUCGGGAAAUCGCCGGAAUCGAUAAAGCAAGAAUACGAAA